CGCGGCGGAGUGACCGAAGAGCCCGAAAUGGCCAUCAUGGGCGGUCGAUAAAUACCCCUUUCCCCGUUGUGUUGAAUCUGAACACUUCCUUCGCAACAUGAACGGUUGGCAUCCUGGGGAACUCGACAUACGCCAAAAACUGGCCUACGACUUGGAUCCUACAACACACCAUUACUACACGUACAUCAGAGGCGAUCUAGACCCAGAUCAUGCUCGUUUUCAUACUGGUCGACUACCAUUCUUACCGGUCACGACUCUAGACGGCGGGGGACGACCAUGGGGAUCGAUUCUUGCUGCUGAAGAUGGAAAACCGGGAGACUAUGGCCAGGGAUAUAUCGCCCAUCCCAGGUAUACGGUUCUGACCAUAAAUACCAAAGUUUGGGUCGGCGAUCCGUUGAUAGAGAAUAAGAAGGCGUUCUCAUUCGAUCCUUCGACCGGUACGGCCAAGGAAAAUGGCGAAGACAUGCUGAUUGCUGGGAUUGGAAUCGAGUUUACGACCAGAAGAAGAAACAAGUUUGCCGGAAAGGUAACGAAGUUCAACGUUACGGACGAUAAUGUUGACAUGGAGAUUCAUGUGAACGAGUCGAUUGGAAAUUGUCCGAAAUAUAUAAACGUUCGGUCUCUAGACCCACACCCUAACACUUCACCUCGUAUCAAGCAUCGGGUUCUCAACCUUCCCCCGAAGGAGAGGCUUCCGGAGGAUGUAAUUUCCUUUAUUCAAGACGCGGACACUGUAUUUCUUGGAACGACGUACACGGCUCGCGACGCGGACAAGAUGAUGUACCCCUCGCAUGUUGGGAUGAACCAACGCGGUGGUCGACCAGGAUUUGUACGAGUGAAACCCUCAGAUGGAAGGACCGUUGUGGUUCCCGACUUUUCAGGAAUGUAA